AUGAGAAUGCAAAAGUAAUAAAAUCGGCAUCGCAAACUAAUAAAUCACAGACCGUAAAAUCGACAUCUUUUUUUCCUUCAAUCACAGGCUCAAACGUUGAUAGUCGAUGGCACUAAGCAGUGGGCAUGUGACUUGUUAUGGUCCAUAUAAAAUGAGAUGCCCAAUCCAGUCAUGUGGUUGGUUUUAAGCAACUAGUUAACAGUUGAGUUAGUGAAGAGACAGAGACAGAGACAGAGACAAAAAGACCAAAAAUGAGUGGUGGGAGCGAAGAAGAAGGGACGACCUUAGAGUACACCCCGACAUGGAUUGUGGCAGCAGUUUGCACUGUAAUCGUGGCUAUUUCUCUGGCGGUGGAGCGUCUCCUCCACUACGCCGGAGUGUUCUUGAAGAAGAAGAACCAGAAGCCCCUGUACGAAGCGUUGCAGAAAGUGAAGGAGGAGUUGAUGCUGUUGGGCUUCAUUUCUCUCCUUCUCACUGUUUUCCAGAACGCCAUCUCCAAAAUCUGCGUCCCUCAGCGUGUCGUCCAAAAUCUCCUCCCAUGCAAACUCCCCUCUCAAUCUCAUGAGGAACCCAAAUCCGCCGCCCAUUUCCAGGCCUUCUUCUCCUCCACUGCCACCCGCCUCCUCUCUGAAGAAUCCUCCUCUGAGGGACAGCUCGGUUAUUGUGGACGCAAGAACAAGGUACCAUUGUUAUCUCUUGAAGCGCUGCACCAUCUGCACAUCUUUAUCUUCAUCCUGGCUAUUGUCCAUGUCACCUUCUGUGCUCUCACUAUUCUAUUUGGUGGAGCAAAGAUACGUCAAUGGAAACACUGGGAGGACUCAAUUGCAAAGGAAAAUUAUGACACAGAACAAGUUAUUAAAUCCAAAGUCACCCAUGUCCAUGAACAUGCUUUUAUCAAGGAUCAUUUUCUCGGUAUUGGUAAAAAUUCAGCUCUGCUGGGUUGGCUGCAUUCUUUUCUCAAGCAAUUUUAUGCAUCUGUCACCAAAUCAGAUUAUGUGACCCUACGGCUAGGAUUCAUCAUGACUCAUUGCAAGGGAAAUCCCAAGUUUAAUUUUCACAAGUAUAUGAUACGUGCCCUUGAAGAUGAUUUUAAGACAGUUGUGGGUAUAAGUUGGUAUCUUUGGGUAUUUGUGGUGAUCUUCUUGUUGCUUAAUAUUAAUGGCUGGCACACUUACUUCUGGAUAGCUUUCAUUCCUUUCAUUCUUUUACUUGCUGUGGGCACUAAGCUGGAGCAUGUUAUUACCCAAAUGGCUCAGGAGGUUGCUGAGAAACAUAUAGCAAUAGAAGGGGAACUAGUAGUUCAACCAUCAGAUGAACACUUCUGGUUUGGUCAUCCACGAAUUGUUCUCUUCUUGAUUCAUUUCAUCCUUUUCCAAAAUUCUUUUGAGAUGGCAUUUUUUUUCUGGAUAUUGAAACUUUUUCUGUUUGUGUAUUUUUUGACACAGUUUCAAUAUUCAUUUGACUCCUGCAUAAUGGGACAUGUACGUUUUAUUGUUCCAAGGCUUAUCAUUGGGGUGUUCAUUCAGGUUCUCUGUAGUUACAGCACCCUACCACUCUAUGCCAUUGUCACACAGAUGGGAAGUUCUUUCAAGAAAGCCAUAUUCGAUGAGCAUGUGCAAGCCGGCCUUCUUGGUUGGGCUCAGAAGGUGAAGCAAAAGAAGGGACUAAAAGCAGCUGCUGGCGACGCCUCUGGAUCUGGGUCUGGUACGGGUCAAGCAACAUCCAAUAAUGGUUCUACUACAGGAAUCCAGCUGGGGAGAAUAGUACACAAGGCAUCUACACAGGAGAUACAGCCUGCAAUCGCUUCUGAUGGCUCCAAGUGAGCAGUUUACCCUGAAAAAAUUAGCCUAGUUAUGUGUAAUGCAAUGUCAAAUCUGAAAUUUGAUUUAAAAGUUAUAUUGUGAUUGGAGUUUAUAGUUUGAGAUUC